ACUUGAUUCAUAUACUACGCUUCAGCCAUGUUGACUCACAAUGCGAUUUCCACUCGAACUCCCAUCAGGCCCGUGUUCGCAGUAUUCACCGUGCUCGCGGUAUUCACCGUGCUCGCAAUCUAAGCUAUAUAAACCCCUUUGGCUUUCCUCAUAUCAGUAUCGAUAUCACGACCACAACCGCAUUCUCACAAGUAACAACCACAACUCCUAUCGUUUCACCCUUACUUGUGUCUCUAUACAACAGCCUUUUAUAUCACAAAAUGCGUUCAUUCGUUACCUUCCUACUUCUCUGGCUCUCAGCUCUCGCCAAUGCGAUUGAACUGGGAUGCGGCAUACCGUUUCCCAUGGACAAUGGGACCCUCUCCGAGCUUGAGGCUUUAGCCAACAACAGCAACAUGGACCCUGGAUCUCUCGGCUCGGCCUCGAUGUUUGGCCAUAAUGAUCAAUAUGCACCGAAGCUCUGGCCUCGCGAUCCUGCCACCGGUCGAGUCGUCAUCAAUUAUUGCUACUACGACCACAUCUCUCGCGGAAUGAUCGCUCCCAGCCAACUCAUCGAAGCAGCAAUUGAACUCUGGAUGCGGGCUCUCGGGGGACCGGCCUCACAAGCCACACGUCACGGCAUCGUCUUCAAGGAACGGCAGUACAAUGGUUAUCCGCUCUACUGCUAUGAGCAUGGGUCAUGGGAGAAUUGGAACCACUUGAUUCCCCUUGACACUCUGGUAAUCCGACAUGUUACCAACGCUCAACUGGCUGCCAGGGCGACAGUGGGAUACUACAACAUGAACCCCCCACACGCCUGGAAGAUGCAAAUGCAGAUUGGUCUUCGAGCAGAGCCCACUGUCGUCGUCCACGAACUCGGCCACGUCUUCGGAAUGGUGCACGAGCACCAGCGGGUAGAUCGCGAUACUUAUGUCAAGUACCAGUGCGAACGCGUCCCUCAAUUCGCCAAUGCAUGGGCUCUUGCUAGCCAGGCUGGAUACACUGUGAGGCAGCUCUGUGAAGACCCGGUUAUCGGCCUACGGUACGGAUUCCCGGUCUGGGACUGGACGUCUGGAUAUGCGACUGGUGCUUCGGACAAUCAGGGCCAGCCCAGGGUGUUCCCCAUUUUCUCGGACUCGGCGCAAUACGACCUCUAUUCGGUAAUGCACUAUGGGACGUUGGUCAGCUGUGCCAAUGACCUGAGCACAUGUCCCCUGGUCAAAUACCGAGAUCCGAACAACCAUGCCGCUGGCGUCGAGGUAAUUGCACACAACGGUUAUCCAUCACCUCUAGACGCUCAGUGGGUUAAGGAGACUUAUUCGUACUACGGCCAGGCGUAAUUCGCUUGACAAUGUAUGGUGUUUUCUUGCGUGGUAGACAGGCUGAGCUAUAAUGUCCACAUUAAGGGACAUAUUGGCAAGAUUAUUAGAGGACGGAUAGAUUGGAAGACUAGACGCAUAUCUUCCUAUCUGCCUUGUAUAGUGGGACUAUAUAUGGGAGAUCCUUCAUCAACCCCUUCAAGGUUAGAGAGCCCAAACCAGUUUUCAUAUCAAU